AUGAUGAAGGUUAUGCUCGCAGAGAAGGCGGCCGUGAAAGCCGAGCCGGACAUGACGGAGACUACGCCGGCGGACAAGGUGGCCGCGCAAGCGUCGGCGUCGGCGUCGGCGAAGAAGAGGACUUGGGAGGAAGCCAACGGCGGGGAGGAGGUUGCGCCUCUUUCAGUGCUGUCCAGCGUGCGCUCGCCACCGCCACAGCAUUUCUCCAGCAAGCACGGCGGAGAUACCCUCAAGGCUGCACGGGUGCUGCUCGGGAGGAAGAAGAGGACUCGGCAGGAAACCAACACGCCACUGUCCAGGGUGUGCUCGCCACCACCAGGCUUCCCCAGCAGGCUGUACGGAGGCACCACGGGCCGGGACGCUGCACGUUAG